AGAACAAUGAAUCGGCAAGUACUGCUGUUUAUCUCUCUCCUUUCCCUUCACUCGGUGCUGGGGCAGGUCAGUUACUCUAUUCCGGAGGAAAUGGCCAAAGGGUCUUUAGUCGGUAAUAUAGCACAAGAUUUAGGUUUAGAAAUAAAACGUUUGGUAUCGGGUAAAGCUAAGAUUUACACCAGGACCAGCGACGGGUACAUCGAGCUGAACAGAGAAAGAGGAGUCCUCCUCGUCAAAGAGAGAAUCGACAGAGAGGCGCUGUGUACAGAGACGGCGCUUUGUGCUUUACAUUUUCAGAUUAUAUUAGAGAAUCCGAUGGAAUUUUACAGCGUCACAGUUCAGAUCACAGAUAUCAAUGAUAACGCACCGACCUUUGAAAAAAGAGAAAUGAAAUUCAAAAUUAGCGAGUCAGCGAUCACGGGGGCAAAAUUCCUGCUAGAAAGAGCUGUGGAUCUUGAUGUUGGAACUAACGAUCUUAAAAGCUACGAAUUAAAACCAUCAGAUAAUUUUGCUCUGAAAGUUCACAAUAACCCUGAUGGUAAUAAAAAUGUUGAGAUGGUGCUACAGAAGCCUUUAGACAGAGAGAAACAAGAGCAGCUAUCUCUCGUGUUAACGGCUGUAGAUGGAGGAGAACCGCAGAUGUCAGGAACAAUGCUGAUUGUUAUUACAGUUUUAGACGUCAAUGAUAACGCCCCCGUUUUUACACAGACAACAUACAAAGCUACAGUUACUGAGAAUUCACCUAAAGGAACAGUUGUGGCCACUGUUAGAGCCACAGAUUCAGAUGAAGGUUCUAACAGUAAAAUAACGUAUUCAAUCACAAACACGUUAGAUAACGUCAGGAAGGUAUUUGACGUUAACGAAGAAAACGGAGAAGUUUCAUUAAUUGGUGGUAUUGACUACGAAAAAUCAAGACAUUUUCAGAUAAAUUUACUUGCGAGUGACGACGGAGGACUCACAGACUCGUGUAAAUUAAUUGUCGAUGUACAAGAUGUAAAUGACAACAAACCUGAAAUUAACAUAAUGUCAAAGUCAAAUGUGAUAUCAGAGGAUGCUAAACUCGGUACAGUUGUUACAAUGAUAAAUAUUGAGGAUCUAGAUUCAGGGGAAAAUGGAAAAGUGCAAUGUUUUAUAACCGAAAAUGUACCAUUCAUUUUAAAAACAUCAUCAGAUAAUUUUUAUAGUUUAGUGACAGACAGUGAUUUAGACAGAGAGAGAGCCUCUGAGUACAAUAUAACAGUGACCUGCUCUGAUGAGGGAGUGCCCUCCCUCUCCAGCAGCGUCACUCUCACCUUACAGAUCUCUGACGUCAAUGACAACGCGCCUGUCUUUGAGAGGAGCUCAUAUGAGGCCUACAUUGUAGAAAACAACACACCAGGCCUCUCUAUAUUCACAGUGAAAGCCACAGACGCUGACUGGAACCAGAAUGCCCGUGUUUCUUACAUACUGGAGGAGUCCUCUGUCAACGGAGUGCCAGUCUCCUCCUAUGUGUCCGUUAGUGCUGAUAGUGGAGUCAUCCAUGCAGUGCGCUCUUUUGACUACGAGCAGAUCAAAGAUUUCCACUUCCGCGUCAAAGCGCAGGAUGGAGGCUCUCCUCCACUCAGUAGCAAUGUGACAGUGAAAAUACUGAUCCAGGACCAGAACGACAACCCUCCUCAGGUUCUGUACCCAGUCCAGACUGGUGGCUCUGUGGUGGCUGAGAUGGUGCCUCGUUCAGCAGAUGUGGGCUAUCUGGUGACUAAAGUGGUGGCUGUUGAUGUGGACUCUGGACAGAAUGCCUGGCUGUCCUAUAAACUGCAGAAAGCCACAGACAGGGCGCUGUUUGAAGUGGGCUUACAGAAUGGAGAAAUCAGAACUAUCCGCCAAGUCAGUGAUAAAGAUGCAGUCAAACAGAGACUGACUGUUAUAGUGGAGGACAACGGGCAGCCCUCUCGUUCAGCUACAGUCAUUGUCAACGUGGCGGUGGCGGACAGCUUCCCUGAAGUGCUGUCGGAGUUCACUGACUUUCCACACGACAAGGAGUACAAUGACAACCUGACUUUUUACUUAGUGUUGGCUCUGGCUGUAGUUUCCUUCCUCUUCAUCACCUGUUUAGUUGUUAUUAUAUCAGUCAAAAUCUACAGAUGGAGACAGUCUCGCAUCCUGUAUCACUCCAAUCUGCCUGUGAUUCCAUAUUAUCCACCACGUUACUCAGACACUUUGGGGACAGGGACUCUCCAACACGUGUACAAUUACGAGGUGUGCAGGACGACUGACUCCAGAAAGAGUGACUGUAAGUUCGGCAGAGCUGGUAGUCAGAACGUGCUGAUAAUGGAUCCCAGUUCUACAGGAACGAUGCAGCGGAUUCAGAGUGAGAAGAGCAUCCUGGAUGAACCAGACUCUCCUCUAGAGGUUAGUUUAAUAGUUUAG